GAAGCAACGUUUUUUUUUUUUUUUUUUUGUUUUUUGUUUUUUCAGAAAAGAGGUGUUCUGAGAGAGUUUUGAAGCUUACGUCUUCGCCAUCUUCUUCCCCAUUUUUUCGAAUUCAAUCCUAAUUAGGAUUUUUCUUUACAUUUUAGAUCUGUUAGGUUUAUCAUUGUAUCGAACUGAUUAAUUCUUUGAUUUGGUUUGAUCGAAGAAAUUCCCGUGGAACUGAGUCGCGAGUUUCGUGUCGAUUUACCUUUCAUGUUUUGUUUUGGGUUCGAAUUUUCUCCGACUUGUUGUAUAACUUAGAUCUUGAAAUUGGCUCCCCAACGCCGGUCGCAGCGCCACAUGGGUGGCCAGAUGCAACAGAGCAAUGCUGCUGCUGCAGCGGCUCUGUAUGAUCACCCUGGUGCCGCUGGUGGGUCCCUUUACAAUGCAGCACCCACCAGUGAUGCCGGCGAUGCUGUUAUGGCUCGCUGGCUUCAAUCGGCUGGGUUGCAGCAUCUGGCCUCUCCCUUGGCAUCCAACCAUAUGCCAAAUCUUCUCGUGCAGGGCUAUGGAGCACAAUCUACUGAGGAGAAGCAAAGGCUUCUCUUAUUAAUGAGAAACCUGAAUUUCAGUGGGGAGUCUGCUUCGGAACCAUAUACUCCGACAAGUCAGAGUGUUUCUGGGGAGGGGUUUUACUCUUCUGAGUUCAGAGGGGAUUUUGGAGCUGGGCUUUUGGACCUGCAUGCUAUGGAUGACACCGAACUUCUCUCGGAGCAUGUUAUCUCAGAGCCUUUUGAGCCCUCUCCUUUCAUGUUGGGGUCUAUAACAUCAAUGGAUGAUGACAUGAAUUUGAUCAGCAACAAGCAACAGAGAGGACAAUGGCAAGUUGAUGCAGAUGCUUCUACCUUGACAACAUUUGACAAAGAGACUGUUUCAAAAGAAAAUAAUGUGGCCAAGAUAAGAGUUGUUGUGCGCAAAAGACCUUUGAACAAAAAGGAACUUGCUAGAAAAGAAGAUGAUAUAGUUACUGUUUAUGACAAUUCUUUGACUAUUCAUGAACCCAAGUUGAAGGUGGAUUUAACAGCAUAUUUUGAGAAGCAUGAGUUUUGUUUUGAUGCAGUUCUCGAUGAGUAUGUGACAAAUGAUGAGGUAUACCGUGGUACUGUUGAACCAAUUAUUCCAACAAUUUUUCAACGCACAAAGGCAACAUGCUUUGCAUAUGGUCAAACUGGUAGUGGAAAGACAUUUACCAUGAAACCUUUACCUAUCAGAGCUGCUGAAGAUCUUCUAAGAUUGUUGCAUCAACCUGUUUAUCGCAAUCAAAGAUUUAAAUUGUGGCUCAGUUACUUUGAGAUUUAUGGCGGAAAAUUAUUUGAUCUCCUUUGUGAUAGAAAGAAACUUUGUAUGAGGGAAGAUGGGCGGCAGCAAGUUUGCAUUGUUGGACUGCAGGAAUUUGAAGUUUGUGAUGUGCAAAUUGUUAAAGAGUAUAUCGAAAAAGGUGAUGGAGCUAGAAGCACCGGCUCUACUGGUGCUAAUGAGGAAUCUUCAAGGUCACAUGCUAUCCUUCAGCUUGUUGUGAAGAAGCACAUUGAAAUAAAGGAUACAAGACGUAAUAAUGAUGGUAAUGAAGCUAAGAAUGGAAAGGUUGUUGGAAAAAUAUCAUUCAUUGAUUUAGCAGGAAGUGAAAGAGGAGCAGACACAACAGAUAAUGAUCGACAAACAAGGAUAGAGGGAGCUGAAAUUAAUAAAAGCCUUUUAGCUCUUAAAGAGUGCAUUCGUGCUCUUGACAAUGACCAACUUCAUAUUCCAUUUCGAGGAAGUAAACUCACUGAAGUUCUUCGUGACUCCUUUGUUGGCAACUCUAAGACUGUCAUGAUAUCUUGUGUUUCACCAAAUGCUGGCUCAUGUGAACAUACCCUCAACACUUUGAGAUAUGCUGAUAGGGUAAAAAGUCUUUCAAAAAGUGGGAAUGCAAAAAAGGAUUCAUUUCCGACUGUAAAUAAGGAAUCUUUGUCUGUGCCAAGUACACAAUUCUUUGCUGAUCCAGAGGUUGUUCAGGAGCUUCCAAAUGCUAGAGCAGCUGAUGUCAGUAGAAAAGCUUCAGAGAAGGAAAAAUUUGCUUAUAACACUUCAUCUGAUUUUCCUACUACUUAUGGUCAUAAUGGGAGGAAUGUGAAUGGAGUUGCUUCUAGAUCAGUUGAUGGAUAUAAACUAGAGAUGAAAAAUACUUACGGUGGCUUUACUAGUCAAAAGAAUUCUUCAUCUUUUGCACAAAACUCCGCUGAUGUAGAAGAAAACAUUCAGAAGGUAUCCCCUCCUCGCCGAAAAAUCUCAAGUAGGGGCGAAAGAACAGAAAAGCUAGGAAACUGGUUUAAGAAAGAGGGAGCUGGGCUUGAUCCAUCAACGAUGAACCACAAAACUCAAAGUACAAGUGCAGUAAAUUCAAACAAUGCUCCAUCCUGGCAUUAUUAUGAACCAGAAUCCUUGGGGAAUGAUGGAAAUAUUGAUGCGAUACUGGAGGAGGAAGCAGCAUUAAUUGCUGCGCAUCGGAAAGAAAUUGAAGAUACGAUGGAAAUUGUCCGUGAAGAAAUGAAACUGUUGGCAGAAGUUCAGCAGCCAGGGAGUUUGAUCGACAAUUAUGUAACGCAGCUAAGUUUUGUGCUCUCACGGAAGGCUGCAGGUUUGGUUAGCUUGCAGGCUCAGCUUACUAGAUUCCAGCAUCGAAUUAAAGAGCAGGAAAUUCUUAGUCGGAAAAGGGUUCCACACUGAUCACACUGUUUCACUGUUCCAAUGGUGACACUUCCUGUUGUCUAGUAGCAAUAUUCUAUUUCUCAAUGCGCCUUGCUUUGGACAUUUGGGAAAAAGCCGUUGAUGUUGAAUGGAUCUUCGUACUCCCUUUGUGGUGUUGGCGCAGUGAAGAAGCGUUCAUUUUCUCUACUCUGCCAAACGAACUGUGUGGAAAGAUAUUCUGUGUAGUGGAUUGCAUCUAGAUGGUGAUAUGUGGAUAAGCUUGUGUCCGGUGAUGAGAAAGGUUGAAAAGAGUGGAUAAAUCCACAAACAAUUGUGGUUGUAGUAUGGGAAUUGAGAAGUGAAAGGAAAAUGUCACGAGACAUGACUAUGUUCUUUGAUUGAUUCAUUGAAUUCCAAUUUCUUUGUAAUUUGCAUAUAAUAAUCACAAUGAUAGGAGAAUAAUUGUUGAAGCUUCAGGUUUUGGGUAUUUUUAAUGUUUUGUAAAUGCAAUUUCCAACUUAUAGCCCAUAGCAUAAAUGUUUUGAAUAACUAUCCUUGAUCCAAUUUUAUAUAGCAAAUCUUGUAUGA